AAACUCCUUCAUACAUUAUCAAACUCUCAAAACCCAACAUGGGGCUGUCCAAGAUUUUACUAGCCCUCGUUUGUGUUUUAGGCUCUGCCCUUCUCCAAUCCACUCAUGCCCAAGACACACCGCAAGACUACGUCACUGCCCAUAACAACGCUCGAGCGGCGGUAAACGUCGGGCCAUUGUCAUGGGAUGAGAAGCUACAAGCCUAUGCGCAAGACUAUGCCAAUCAACACAUUGGCGACUGCAAUCUUGUCCACUCUGGUGGGCCCUACGGCGAAAACCUUGCCAUGAGCACCGCUGAUUUGUCGGGCACGGAUGCCGUGAACAUGUGGGUGGCAGAGAAGGCCGACUAUAACUACGACUCUAACACUUGUGCCGAUGGCAAGGUGUGUGGACAUUAUACGCAGGUUGUUUGGCGUAACACAGCUCGUGUAGGGUGUGCAAAAGUGAGGUGCAACAGUGGAGGUACCUUCAUCGGGUGCAACUAUGAUCCGCCAGGCAACUAUGUUGGGGAGAAGCCUUACUAAACCAACUAUAUCUAUGAAGCUAUAUUAUCAAGAAUAAAAUGAAUUAAGAAGUGAUGUUAGAUCAUCAAUUCAUUGUAUCUUAUUCACCGGCAUGGUGGAUGCUAAACUUAAUGGAUAUGAAGAAUGACUUUUAAUUA